ACCAAACACCACGAUUUUUGGACGAUUUUUCUACAAAAAUAUUUUAAUCAGAAUGGGGGGUUAGAAAACUUUAUAAAUGAUUGUAAUCUAUUAAAAUAACAUAAAUACAGACCGGUUAAUACAAAUAGGUGUGGCUGCAGCACGUUGCAAUUGUAAAAUGGACGAAUACUUCAGCUCCACUUUGGACAAACUUAAAUCGAACAACUAUGGGGAAUUAAGCAUAAUCCUGGGCAACGAAAGCUGCGAUCUAGAUUCAGCGGUCAGUUCUUUAGUCUACGCCAUAUUUUUACAUUGGCAAUACCAACAAAUAAAAUGCAAAGUGUGCACAAAAAUAAAUAGAGACGAAGAUAUGUAUAAAGACGACAUUUUCGUCCCAAUCCUCAACGUUGAUAGAGACGAUUUUGGCUUGAAGACUGAAGUGGUGUACUUUUUCAAUGAACAUGGUAUCACAGCUGAGAAGCUGGUGUUCAGAAACGACUUGGACCUUCAACAGCUGGUAACAACUAAAAAGGCCAAAGUGGUCUUAGUCGACCACCACACCUUGUCAAAUAGCGACAAGUUCCUCGCCCCCUUCGUCAUAGAAAUUAUAGACCAUCGGCCCAUAGACAAGUCGGCGUGGGGCUACAAGGAGGACACGAGGAGCACCAUAGAGACGGUUGGGUCUUGCUGCACGCUUAUAGCCCAGAGGAUUAAGGAUUUAGCCACUUUGGUGGCCAAAGAUGUGGAUUUUUUUAACGCCUACCCAGUGUGCAGUGAUAUGUUGCACAGUACAAUAAUAUUGGACACAGUGAACUUCUCCAAAGACCUCAAUAAGGCCACACCACACGAUGAGGACAUCAUUCUCUUCUUAGAGACCCUACUCAAGCCGAGCGACUAUGAAACGGAGAGGAAGAACAAGCUGGAUCGUCUGUCCACAGCCAAGAGUGACGUGUCAUCUCUGACAGCAGCACAGCUCUUGAAGAAAGACGUCAAAAUAUUUGGCAGCGUUCUGGUUCCGAGCUUCCCUAUUUUAGUCCAGGAGUUCCUACAAAAGCCGGAGGCCCAGCGAGCGCUAUCGGAGGCUCUGAACAGUCGAGGGUGCUCCGUGGCACUGCUACUAGGCAUGGACUACAAAGAAGGCAUGAAGAGGGACACCGCUGUGUACUCCGAUAACGCGGAGAAAGAAACUCAACUCAGCGCCUUCAUAGAGCAGUGGGCGUCCCCCCCGCUAGGGCUGACCCCCCUCGCGCCCCCGCUGCCCUGCCACUACUACAAGCAAGACAACCUCACCGCCACGAGGAAGCAGUACAUACCUGCUAUAAACGAAUUCCUGAAUGAUAAACGAUUCAUUUGAA